AUGUGCGUGAUAGCAAAUACUGAAAUGGUUGACGAUAUUACAGCAGCUGAUUUGGAUACGACGCCAUUAAGAAAGCGGAAACGUACACAAACACAAGCAAAAAGUAGCAGCAAUAUAAUUGACAGCAGUACAAAAGUCGACAACAAAUGUGAUGCUGAAACGAUGGUAGCACAGAGAAGUCGUAAAUUAAAACAGUAUGUGUUGGAAGAAAAGCUUGACAUUAUCGACUAUGCUAAAGUUAUUGGAAAUCGGGCAGCUGGACGAGAAUUUAAUGUUGCAGAAAGUUCAAUACGCGAAUGGAGGAAGAAUGAGCAAAGACUUAGGUCAAUGUUCGAAACUACUCCUGAACGCUCUCGAUUGGAUGGUGGAGGUCGAAGGCCAGUUUCCGAAGAUCUUGAAAAGGGUUUGCUUCAAUAUGUGGCAUCAAAAAAUGAUAGUAAUACAAGCUUAACCUGGCAUGAUAUCAAAGAGAAAGCUAAUUCCCUAUGGAAAGAAAUCUGUGAUCAAAAUCCGGGAUGCACUGAUCGCGGAUUCACUGCUAAUAUGGGUUGGGUAGCCCGUUUUGUACGCCGCAACAAUAUUACAAUGCAAGUAACCAAUUCCGCCUCGAUAAGAACUGGUAGUAGUAAUAGUGGUGGUAUUAGCAGUAAUAGCACUACAACAAUAAAUGAUUCGGUUAAUCGAAUAAGUAUGGAUUCAAUUUGUUGCAGUCCUUCACGGAAAAAAGUUACGAAUGCGACUUCUACUACAUCAGCUACAGUUUCAGCUUUUAUUUCUGAUCAUUCUGUGAUGGAUUCUAAUGUGUGUCUCAAUGAUAUUCGAGAAAUAGUUCCAGCAACAAAACUUAGCACUACUGUAACAUCGUUGACAACAACAACUACAACUGUGACUUGUGCAGCUAUAACAUCAACAACUACUACCAUAACUGUUAGUAACUUAGCAUCAGCAAAAAAACGUCGCAAAAAUUUUAUACCGAAAAAGGUUGUCCCAAAUGAUGUCAUUUGUCUGGCUACAAACAACAAAAAAUAUGCUGAGGAUUCUUCAUUACCUUUAAUAAAUUCAGUAAAAACAACGCAGGAGCAUUAA